AUGUAUGGUACAAAAACUACUUGCUGUAUUCGCAAUAGGCAAGCUUUACCUUAUGGGGUCAUGCCUUCGUCUACAUUGAAUAGGAAAAUGGAAGAAACUGAUUCACUCCUUAUUGAUGCCAUUGCCCAAGUGGACGCUUUCCAUGAUCAAGAAGAUUAUUAUACUAACUAUGUGCGAGGGCAGAUCGUUGAUCGGAGGUUAGAAGAACCUUGGUUAGAAAGUGAUUUAUCACGUAAAGACCCUAUGCAUUCGCAAUCUGUCUUGAAUCUGCGAUAUCAUGACUCUCGGGGUCAAGUUGCCAACCCAGUGCGUCAUCUCGAAUUAUCUUUAGGUUUUUUGGGAAAUGAUUCACGAGGAAUGCAAAUGGGCCUCAAUCUUAAUCUUGCUCAAACACAAAUGCAAAGUCGAAGUUCUGGUUUAGUUCAAGUGAUGGGGGUUAAUACUGACACUCAAGUUCUUGAAAGGCCAUGGUCUAAACAAGCCAUCAGGAUUGGGUGUAAUAAGAUACAUAAUCAACUUAAGGAUAACACUCAUAUUUUCUCUACACAAAGAGAAGGCAAAAUUAAUGAAGUGGGCCCACCUAGUGAAACAAAUUAUGCGGAGCACACGAUAAUGCGAAAUCCUGAAGAGUGA